AGUUCCUCCAUUUGUUCUGGUUGAACUAUCAAAAUAUACCUUUCAACCGGGCCCCUUUAUCUUUUCCAGCAGCCUUUUAGAUUGCUGCCUUGGCCAUCCUUGAGCUCUGGAAGUGGAUAGACCCAAUCUAAACUAUCAAAAAUGGCAGCCUUUGCAUUGACCGUUGCAACUCCAAAUCUCUGCCCCAACCGCAGACUUGCUUCAAGGUUAUUUUCUUGUUCCUGCUCUUCUCGUUCCAUUUCACCACCUUCAAACGAAAUGAAACCCUCUUCGAACCCCAAAUUUGGACCCAACAAAUGCCUAUUCAGCGCGGGUGUUGGGCUUUUGGCAGCCUCUGUUCUUGCUCUGUCACCAUUGAAUGCCGAUGCCAGGAGGGUCCAGUACUUUGCUACGGUGGGGGAACCUUCAUGUGAGCUCAAUUUUGCUCGCUCUGGGCUUGGUUACUGUGAUGUUCUUGUGGGGUCUGGCCCGGAGGCUCCUUACGGAGAGCUUAUCAAUAUCCAUUACACCGCAAGAUUUGAUGAUGGGAUAAUCUUUGACAGCAGUUAUAAACGUGCUAGACCACUCACAAUGCGUAUUGGUGUUGCUAAGGUCAUUAAGGGAUUGGACCAGGGAAUUCUAGGGGGCGAGGGAGUCCCUCCAAUGAACGUAGGUGGAAAACGUAAGCUUCAGAUUCCACCAAACUUAGCAUAUGGGCCAGAACCUGCUGGAUGCUUUUCGGGUGACUGCAAUAUACCAGCCAAUGCAACUCUUGUCUAUGAUAUUAAUUUCGUUGGUAUCUACUCAGGGAAUGCUAAGAAUCUUGAUGACAUUAUGCUUUCCUAGUAUUUGGAUACAAGCAGUUAGAAGUUAAUCCUGACUUAGUUAAAAGAAGAUUUCAACCCUGCCACCAGUCAAUUCCUGAAAAAUCAUCCGUUCUAAUGUAGUGAUGAAGGAUUCAUUCUUUGAUAUUAAUUAAGUCACCAUCUACUAUGGAACAGGUUAGGUGUUUUUUUUUUUCUUUUUGGCCAAUCGACAACAGGUUAGGUAGAUACUUUGUUUCAUAUUGCAUAUUAUAUGAGUUCAUGCUAGGGGGACAAAUGACACGAUGUCCUCUACCCCAGGUUAGGCAGAUACUUUAUUUCAUAGCGCAUAUUAUAUGAGUUCAUGCUAGGAGGAUUAAUAACAUGAUGGCCCCUACCCCCAAGAUUCUGAGGUAAAGGGUGACGUGUACAAGGCUCUCAACCAGAUAUCAUCCAUUUUUUAGAAGAGUCUGGAUCUGGAGUUGUUUAUUUUCCCUUAGAUGAUCUGUUUUCAGCUUUCAUCAGUUGUGGUACUUAUGCUGGCAAUCCAAGAUUCUAUUAGCACUUUGAAAUAUUCUUUGAUACAUCACUUGCUGGGGUUAGAGUUGAAAUGUUCCCUUUUGUUCUACAAUUCAGUUCAAGUUUAGGGCUUGCUGGGCUUCUCUCAAAUUUCAGAGCAAAAAAGUGAAAAACUUCUAUGGAUGACGGACCCAUAUAUAUGCCAAACGAAUAACAGAAUAAGUGCCUGUAACUAGGAGACUGAAACCAGUUUAUUUGAAUUAUGCAGUCAGCCUGGCACUUUUCUCAAGUUUGGAGAAAUUGUUCAUCCUGAUUGGCAAACUAUUAUAGAAACAAUCUACUGCAGGAAUCAUGCCCCAUGAGUUUUGUACCUAUCUAAUCAAUGCCAUCCAUAUGUUGUUGACUUGUUGGUAAUGUUGAAUUUGUAGAAAGUUUGUCAAUUUCUUCCACUGUUGUUGUUGAGAAUAAUCCUAAUGUUGGGGC